GUGGGCGGGGCCAUGUGAACGAAGGAAGACGAAGAAGCAGCUUCUAUGACUACUCUCUAGCAACCUCGACGUUGGGUUAUGGAUAAAACCGCCGUUGUUAAAGUCGGGGCGGUGGCUAGUGCGAGUGUGUGUGCCCUUUUCGGAGGAGUCGUUCUCGCACAGUAUAUUGUGGCCAAGAAGAAAAGAGCUGGCAAGAAAACGAAGAUCAUCGAAAUGAUGCCUGAGUUUGAGAAGAGCACGGUCCACAUCAAGGACCCCGAGCGGGUUGAGCAGAUCAUCUGCGGUCUGAUUCAAGGAGGCGCUUCCAAACUACAGAUCAUCACAGACUUUGACAUGACGUUAAGCAAAUUUGCAAUCAAUGGAAAACGCCUCCCGACCUGCCACAAUAUAAUCGACAACUGCAACCUGAUCACAGAAGAGUGUAGGCAGAAGCUGUUUAAACUGAAGGACACGUACUAUCCUAUUGAGAUCGACCCACAUCUGACGAUGGAGGAGAAAUACCCGUUUAUGGUGGAAUGGUAUUUUAAAUCUCACACAUUACUGGUAGAGCAGCGGCUGAAGAAGGACAAACUCCCUAAGGUGGUGGGAGAUUCAGACGUCUGUUUACGGGAGGGAUAUGAGCACUUCUUCGACCGGCUACAACAGCACAACGUUCCAGUGUUCAUCUUCUCUGCAGGGCUGGGAGAUGUGCUGGAAGAGAUCAUCAGACAGGCUGGAGUUUAUCACCCUAACGUCAAAGUCGUCUCCAACUUCAUGGACUUCGAUGAGAAUGGCGUGCUGAAAGGCUUCAAAGGCGAGCUGAUCCACGUGUACAACAAGCAUGACGGCGCGCUGAGGAACACCGACUACUUCAAACAGCUGAAGGACAACAGCAACAUCAUCCUUCUGGGAGACUCCCUCGGUGACCUCAACAUGGCCGACGGCGUCCCCAACGUUGAGAACCUCCUGAAGAUCGGCUUCCUCAACGAUAAGGUGGAGGAGCGCUUGGAGAAAUACUUGGACUCUUACGAUAUAGUUCUAGUGAAGGAUGAAACCCUUGAAGUGCCCAAUUCCAUUUUACAAAAGAUCUUAUAACUGUAAAGAGACUCUCGGUAUAGGAUUACUAGUCACUGGGCUAAGACAUGCACGCACAAAGCCAUACAAACCCCUCACCACGAUCUGUUAACAUCACUUCCCAUCCUAGACCUUGUCCGUAUGUGUGUCUGUUUGGGAUUUUGUCCCGCACUUUGUAUUUUUUAAGGAAAAAACAAACCAACUUCUGUGGAGAAAGUCUCUAUCUUAGCGUAUUUGUUUAACGUGUACAUGAGUAGACUUGUUAAUGUAUUAUUUUUGAUAUUGUAUCAUUUGACUUCAUGCGCAAUAAUAUUAACAGAUGGGAUGGAAGAUAAGACUGGUCUUUAACUUUAGACUGUAAACGCUAGCUUUUUUUAUAGUUAUGCAGGCAGUAACUGCAGUGUACUACAGUAAUACUUGUACAGGUGUAACACUAUCUGUGAAUUUUAGUGUUCCAAAAAUCCAUCCAUCUAUCCAUUUUCGGUACCACAUAUACUAGACAGGGUCACAUGGAGCAUAGUGUCUGUCCCAGGGGACUUGGGAGAACACCCUGGACAGCGUACCAAGCCAUCACAGACACUAUAGAGAUGCCGAUCUGCCUACAAUGCAGUCUUUGGACUUGGGAGGAAACCCCAGAGAGAACAUGAAAACUGCACACAUAUAAGAAGGAGGCUGGAAUCAAACUCCCAGCCCUGGAGGCGUGACGCAAACCUGCUAAACAAUUAUCCACCUUGCCUCCUGUGCUCCAAAUAUUUGUCUGUAUAGUGGGCAUGGCCUGGAAACACCUUCAGCAUGGCAUGUGGAAACCAGUUUCUCUUUCCAGUUCAUAACUCAUCUCAGUUAGAGUUGUGUACAGAAUUGUUCUUUAUGCAUGUUAAUGAACAUGGGCUUUCAUUUUUGUUUUUUUGUUGUUGUUUUUUUUGCAUGCUUCAUAUCUAACCCUACUUUUACGGUUCUGCAAGAUCCCAGUCACAAUGCACCGGAUGCCCUGUGACCCUUUCUGGAUAGAUCCUCAUUAUUAUCUGUUUUUCUAUCCAUUUAGAACACUUAGAUCAGUUCAUUCUGAGUCAUAUUUGCUUAAUUCCCUAUUACACACCAUAACAGGAUGUUUACAUAAUAAUUGCAUGGUACCUAGACAAACUGUAUCUAUGUAUUACACAACAAAAUGACUGUAGUACAUUGUAGUUUCUUCCUGGAUUGCUUUUCAUAUGUGUUAUAUAUAUAUAUAUAUAUAUAUAUAUAUAUAUAUAUAUAUAUAUAUAUAUAUAUAUAUAUAUAUAUAUAUAUAUACAUGUAUAUACGUAUAUAUAUGCACAUGGAUAUUAAGUCCAUGGUCUUCAUCCCACAGCAAUACAAUAUAUAGAUAGACAAACAUAUAACAUGAAUGUAUUGCGUAUUUUUAUGACCUUUAAUGUGUUAAGCUACAGGUGCAUUGGAAUUUGGGUCUGCUUUGUUAUGAGUUUCACUACCUCUAGAAAGGACAGUUCAUGUAAAUCUGCUAACAUUCGAACGAAAGCAUCAGAAAGCCGAGCUUUCGUUCGGUAUCAGUAUUUUUAGGUGGACCGGUUCCUCAUACGAGCGCUGGUGAGGUGGAAUCCAUUUGACUUGCAUUAAUGUUGUCAUUAGUAAGGCUGUGUCCUUUUAAGUUCUCACGACCCGUCUUGUACGUGCUGCUAAUUUGCAUGUUGCCUUUCUUUGUUGUCAAAAUGAAACGGAAGAGAAGAGCUGAUUUGUCAAUAAAUGUUGGCAAUAAUGACAACCACUUUUUAUUAAAGGUUUGGAGGGCUAAAGGUU